AUGAAUUAUGAAUCCUACGAUUUGUCUGGGUUUUACUUCAUUGUGAUUGUUGGCAGCAUUGGCGAUGAAAGAGCGGAAAUUGUGGGUAACAUCAUGAAUGAUUUGUGGAAACUUGACGUCUUUAACGUCAACGUAUUGGUCGCAGGUAAAGCACAGGUGGCGAUUUUCACCUUCUAUCCGUAUUCUUCGACACACUGUGGUAGUGUUGAACCUAUUUUGUGGCAUAACUUUUCAAGUUUGCAAACGAUUCCGAAGUUUGACUGGUACCCGAAUCGUUUGCAGACGUUCUACGGAUGCCCACUCAAGGGUGGAACAGUGGAUAUUUUACCGUAUUCCAUGUUACAACUACAGAGAGCCUCCACCAAAAUAAUACAUCGAGGCUUCGAGGGCGACAUCAUCGAUCUGUUGAAGUAUAAGCUAAAUUUCACUGUACAAUACAAGGUACCAUCAACUGAUGAGCUAUGGGGAUUCAUUGGUGAACGAGGCAAAAGUACAGGAUUGAUGAAGAUGAUUCAGGAAGGCGAUGUAGACUUCGGCGUUGGUUGUUUGGGAUUCACCUAUGAUCGACACUUCUAUCUGAAACCGGGGAUUGCUUACUACACCACUAGUGUAAUUUUUGCUGUACCAUCCGGAAGACCGUAUAAGGCUUUCGAAAAACUGUUCCGUCCGCUGGACCUUUUGAAUUGGAUUCUUAUACUGGUAUGUAUAAUAGUCGCAAUGGUAGUGAUCGGCGUACUUCGAAAAACGACCAACGAUUGCAGAACACUAGUGUAUGGUGUAGGAACAAGAACGCCCUGCUUGAACAUGAUCAACGUACUGUUCGGCGGUGUUCAACUAAACUUUCCUCGAACAAACUUCGCGCGUACCAUACUGGUCCUCUGGAUUUAUUUCACUUUAAUUCUUCGAUCUGUUUACCAAGGAUCGCUGUACACUUACCUGCAGAAAACAAUGAAUCAUCCUCCGUUACAAACCAUGAGGGAUAUCGAUCUUUCAGGUGUCGAUUAUUAUAUGCUAGAGGUAUCAAAACGCUUCUUCGUAUCGGUACCUAGCGUAAUGCAACGAACUCGCUUCUUGAAACCCGGUCGCGAUACCAUUGGCCAGGCUAUCGAACAGCUCGGCCUUGGACAGCUCGAAGGUGUAGUUCUGGUAACAUUCGACUUGGUUGCGUAUCACAACAAGAUGUCCCCAAAGCAACAGAAGGUCUUCAUCACCAGGGAUAAGGUCUCGUCCUAUCCCUUCGGGAUCUACUAUCCGAAAAACUCACGACUCACCUCCGUGUUCGAUAGGCAAAUACGGAACCUCGAAGCUACCGGAUUGAUUGGUUUUUGGAUAAGGCAGUACGGGGAUUAUGAUUUUUUCCGGAAACCCAUCGAUUCGGAUGUUCCUCGAGCGUUACGCAACGAACACUUGGCCGGCUGUUAUCAAGUUUUUGGUGGCUUUCUAGGAGCAAGUUUCGUCAUCUUUGUGCUGGAACUGGUUUCAACUAAGAUUAAAGUUCUGAGGAAAGUUCUACUGUGCUUAAUCGAUUAG